AUGGAUUCAUUCUCCAUAUCCCCGCAACUUCUAUCACCGUCAUCGUCCACCAGACAAAAGUCACAAAGCACCUUUCGAAGCUCCCCCCGGUCCAGUCCGCCUUCUGUCUUCGUCCGUUCCCCGCCGUCUCCACCACCGAGGCCAGAGCCAUUGAACCUCCAGACGCGACGAUUGCAACUGCGGAACGCGCGCUUUCAAGGUGCUCGCAUCUCGCCAAAUAAGGUAGCCUUGUCUGAUCGCUUUGCGACAUCAUGGCGGUCUGCGUCUCCCGCGUCUGAUGCUUCCGUUGACAAAGAAAAUCAAUCGCCUUCUCCUGACAACACCAACAAUAACGCCCUUGAACAAAGACCACACAAUAAAUCCCCUGGAUCCACACGGCGAAGAGUCAGUAUUUUGCAGGAAAUCCACGACUCGUCUCAAAGAGGUCGCAAAUUACGUCGUCCAUCUUUGUCACGCCUCUUUGGUCCGCCGCUCGAUGUAUCGGAUCACCACUCUUCUUUGAAUCAGCGAUAUUCAUAUCGGUCCCCGUCAUCUUUGCGACAGCUGUCUCCUUAUUCUAUUUUGAGAGACAAUGAUGCGGAUCUCGUGACGGCGACCUAUAAUCAGCAGAACCGGUCCUCGCCGCUGUCGACUUUUCAUACAAAUAGACCGAGAAGCAAUAGUCGCGAUAGGACAGAUAGCUACGCAACGGAAAGAUAUAUCGAGCAUCUAGAGGCACAACUUGCCGCGGUACAGAAUCAGUCGAGUCCAAUGCAGGCGUCAACCACCAAACCGCAGGUCUCCAAGCUGAGGGCCCUGAAUGCUGAAAUCAAGGUGCUACGGCAGGAGAUUGCGGAAUGGGAGGACAAGUUUGACGUUCGAGUGCAUGAAGAAGUUGGACUUCGGACGGAUGUGGAAAGUAAGCUUCGAACCAAGAUUAUUUUUCUUGAAGGUCAGCUCGAGGACUACGCUACUCGGAUUAAAGACCUCGAAUGUGAGCGAGAUUUGCAGGCGCAGAAGUUACGGAAUGUAGAGUCUCUGCGAUCUACGAAUCGGGGCCUGGAGAGACGUAUCGAUGUCUUGACGGAGCUGCUCGCACAGUCUCCCACGAGAAUAGAAAGUCGCAGCCCAGAAGUGUCGCCCACCCGCAGUCCUGGUCCUCGUCUGUCUCGACCGAAGUCAAUGCUCCCGUCUGUACCAUUGCGAUCGGAUGUUGUCUACCCAUUGGCCGAACCGAGCUUGAUCGAUCCAGAGGCUGGAGUUGAGAAACACGAGCCGGAGGUUCCUGACCUGAUUCCUGAUGACUCUACUAUUGCUUCUUCAGUGGCAUGUGACUCUCAGCGUUCGUCUACAAUAUCGCAUCCAUCAACAAUCUCAUCGCGAUGGAGUGUUCCUCUUCCUUUCUCACCCGAGUUGCAAGGUAAAACUCCUGUACGGGCGCGAAAUAUGCGGCGUUUCCCAUCCGGGACUUGCACUCUCAAACCUCUGAUAUUACCUACCACUACUACUCCAACACCCACGUCACCACAACGACCGUCACUUACCGGCGAACAUUUCUCUUCGAUUUACAGUCCCGGUUACGAACGAGGCGCGGACAAUGCAACACGAUUCGCGCAAGAAGAAACACUGGCUGCUCUAGAAGGUCGUACAAGCCAUUACCAAGCAUAUGAAGAUGAAGUGUCGGAGCCAGAAGAUGACAAUAUUUCUGACUCUCCAUUGUCGAGACGGUCCGAACCUAACAAUAUGCACUUUGCGACAACACUAGAUUCUGAACUCGAGGAAGCAGAACGAAACGAUGAAUUCAUUAGGCCACAUUCAAGGCAAUCAAGUCAAGCUUAUUCUCGUCUCAAUACCCCUGUUGGGUCAACUCGUCUGAAUAUCUACGGUAGCCACCACACACCCAGGGCGUAUAGGGUACCUUUGUCGGUACGCAAGGGCAGUAGUGCCGAUUUGGAAGCCGGUACUUCUCGAGAUUCGAAAAUGUCAUUUGCUCGAAGGUUGAUUGUAGGGAUAUGGAGGAGGAGCAUCAAGCAACUCGGGCGAGUAUCGUGGUGGGUUUUGGGCAUUCUAUUUGGCUCUGAACAGCGAAAUGAGUGGGCAAAGAGUUCAUCCUCGUUACGUAUGCGCAUGAAACCAGAAUCUCAACAUCGUCCUUCUCAACCUGUCUGUCAUGCAUGUGGCCAGUGUCAACAAACCCACAAACGAGAGGAAAGCAGCACUUCGAACAGCGACAACCUGGACGGCAUCAACCGGACUAUACUCAUGUGGACAAAGCUCUCUGUUGCAAUGAUAGUAGCUUUCGGACGCGCGAUUCGCUACGGGCCUGAAACAGUGCUGUUGGAUACUCGGAACGAUUCAAAAAACGAAUAUCGCCCUUCGUCGUCAAUCCGUUAUAAAUCUUCUCGAAACAAAUCAAUCGACCAGACGAGCUCAUUCAACCUGCGCAAUAACGACGACGAACAUAAUACAUUAGAAGAACAUACAACCUGGCCCACGAGGCCUUUGACAGUUGAAGACUUUUUCAUCAGCUGA